AUGGAAAGCGCCAACAUGCGUAGGAAUACACAGCAAUAUGCAACUCUCACCUAUCUCACAAACCUAUUUAUCCUCACUAGUAAAAAAAUGAGUAACAUCAUGAAUAGUAGUGCCACUGGCCUGCACAAUUUUUUAAUCCAAGUGAAGAAUUUUCUUUCAACACACUCAUUGCGCUCUUACCUCGUUAUAUAUAACAUCCUGCUGAUCAUAUUUCUAUUAUUUUUGCUAAUAAAAUGCAGGAAUAAAUGUAAGCGCACCAAAAGGCGAGACGCCUCCCCAGGGGUUGAACACAAGGUGGUGGAUGCAGUCAUCACGGAGGCAAGUAGCAAAGACGGGGGAAAAAGCCACGGCAUGGGGGGAAGUAAAAGACGGGGUGGAAGCCAAAGCAGGAGAACACGCAAAAGGAGUGGAAGCACAUGGAAUGGACAAAUCACAAAUAAGAAUCGCGCAACAAGCAAGGCACGAACCACCAGCAGUGCACGAAACACUCGUAGUAAAGGGAGAAACGCAAGCAAAGGAAAAAAAACUCCAAAGGGGAACCAAAACAGAAAUAGCGAUUUCGAACAAGAGCAAAAUUUGGUCAGCAGAAUAUACAGCUUACGGUCCAGAGCGAGAAAUCAAAAGGAUCAUGUGCAACGAGAAAACUCCCUUAUAAACACAAAACGAAGUGGAAGAACAGGAUUAGAAAUUACACAAAUGAAUAAAAUGGUGACAUCAAAUUCGUUAACCAACGUGUCUCUGCCUUAUGCCGACAUAUCCAGUGUUCACCUGAAUUUAAAAGAAAAGGACGAAAAAAAGAAAAAAGCCAUGUUGAAAGAAAAGAAAAAAAAUUAG